GGUCCCAUUCAAAGAACACCAACACUACUCCUUUCUUCUUCUCCAUUUCUUUUUCUGUUAUUUUUUCUUAGAGGCAAACUCAUGGAACGUGGUGAUGGGUUCAAUCGUUUUUACAAGCAUGCAAAAUCAAGUUCAGGGCUGAGCAUCAUGCAUGGCGAUUCUUCAAACUCCAACACCAACACCAACACCAUCAUCAAUAACAACGCCGCUAACAAUGGCAACGCCGCCAACUCAAACACCAUGCCUCCGCCGUGUAUGGUACGUGAGCAAGAUCAAUACAUGCCGAUAGCCAACGUGAUCCGCAUCAUGCGUCGCAUCCUUCCGACGCAUGCCAAAAUCUCCGACGACGCAAAGGAAACCAUCCAGGAAUGCGUCUCGGAGUACAUAAGCUUCAUCACUGGGGAAGCCAACGAACGGUGCCAACGCGAGCAACGCAAGACCAUCACUGCGGAGGACGUGCUUUGGGCCAUGGGAAAGCUGGGUUUCGACGACUACGUUGAGCCCCUCACCGUAUUCUUGAACAGGUACCGGGAAAAUGAGAACGAAAGGACUUCGCUGCGUAGCGAGCCGAUGUUGAAGCGUGGGAUAGACUAUGGACCGUCUAUGAUGAUGGCACCAUAUGGAGCUGGAUUCCAUGUGGGACAUCAGCAGGGGAUUUUCGAUGGGGCGACGGCCAUGGGAGGGUACAUGAGGGAUGGUUCGAGCGGUGGUGGUGGUGGACCAUCGUCACAAGCUUCUUUGGCUAAUCACUUUGAUCCAUUUGGUCAGUUCAAAUGACGAAUAAAAGAGCAACCAAAAUAUGAAUAAACAUAUAAACUUGACAAAAGCAUUGGUGUGGCAUUUGGGGUGAUAUUUUCUUGUUGCUUUAAUUUAAUGUACUCAAACUUGGGUACAUUCAUUGGUAUGGUUUAACAGAAACUUUGGUUGAGCUAUUGCUUUUUCUUUAA